AUGUCAAUUCAAUUCCCACGCAGGCGCUGGGCCGAAUCUGGUGAUUGGGACUCCGUCCGCUCGCUCAUCACGAUGAUGUACAAGGUCGAAGGCAGGCCCUUGAAGGAGGUCAUGAGGAUCAUGGAGACAGAGCACCAAUUCCUCGCCACGCCGAAGAUGUAUAAGAAGCGAAUAAAGGAUUGGGGUAUUGACAAGAACCUGAAAACUGACAAGCUUCUCGCCUCACCCCGGACACAACAACGGCGGGAUGCCACGCAGAAGGGCUCGCAGUCCGGCGUCAGGGGCACUGUGGUCGAUGCUCCGAAUACAAACCAAUACGUCGAGGCUUGUUCAGGUUUUCCCCAGCAAUUCCAGCAUGGUAGCCCUCCGUCUGCUGGAGAAGCCAUGCAGAGAGAGUAUCACACUCCUGCGUCCAUGUUGCCUUCGCAGCAGCCUAACGACAACCAGCAGUGGGCAACCGCCGGCCGAUUCCAUGGUGACGGCUCCUAUUCUCCCUGGUUCUCACAAAGCGGGCAACCUAGCGAGAAAGCUCGAACUACUGUCCUCGGCAGCAUCCAGGACAGGUUCCUGGAGGCUUCUGAUGCCAUCACGCGGCAGGAUACCGCCGAGCUGUUUGCGAUCCUCAACCCAGCUUACGAGGCGAUAAGUAGCGUCUCUGAAACCGAAGCCACGCAGCUUGUCGCCGUUGUUGUCGAACUUUUCCAGCUCUUAUACAGACGACCGAACCACCAGGACAUGCUGAGGCAGCUGCUCCAAUAUGUCUUCGCACUCGUACCGGACGCGGUGCGCCAGAACCAGUUCCUCUCAUUCAACAGCCAGGUGCUGAACCUUCUCGGGCGGCCAUGCCACCGCCCUCCAUUAGGUGUGCCGUUGGACACGGCAGGUGGCACAGAUUCGCGACCGACUGUGUCGGGACAUGAUUACGAUUACUAUGAGCAGCAUUCCGGGGCUUCACCGACCUUCGACAACAGGUUCGGAGGGACCCGCAGACAUCCCUACUGA